AUGCCGUUCCUAAUGUGCAUGCAGCGACCGAAAUCGGCUUCACGGAAAAUGAUGGUUAGAAAGAAAUGUGCUAUCGCUGUUGCUCAGUUACCUGGUGUAGGAAAGUUCACUCUCAACCGUGCUCGGCAUCAUCCAUUGUGCCCAAGUGCAGAUGACAGGACCGCCUCCGUAAAAGUGCUGAAUUGCGGGAAUGACAUGCCUCAGGAUCCUGAGACUGCAAUGUUCUACCCGCUUUCGCCUGAUGCACUUCGUGCCAUUGACGCUAUCGAAUACAUUACGGAUCAUAUUAUCCAAGAAAAAGAAUACAAGAUGCAAUGUGAGGACUGGAAGUUCGUGGCGAUGAUUAUCGAUCGAUUAUUGUUGUACACUUUCUUUGGGAUCACCGCAGGUGGCACAUGUGGCAUAUUAUUCAGUGCACCAUCCGUAUUUGAAGGUGAAUAA